AUGGAGGUUGUCAACGAAAGGCGCAUCUACCUAUCGAAUUACGAAGUGUUACGGUUGCUUCAAGAAAAGGGCGAUCAGAGCGAAGAUAAAUCAUCGGCACCGCAUUCAAAAGCUCUCUCGACCGUGGUGUACGAAACAGUAAAAUAUUUGCAAGGCACUCCAUGUAUCGAACAAACCGAAGAAUCUAUUGUGAAAACGAUCGAACAGUUGAAAAAAUUUAACCUUUCUAAGAAAGAAAUAUUGCAGAUAUUGAAUCUUCGGCCAAGUACUCCAUUAGAACUGCAAAUGAUCAUUACAGAAGGCGAUCAGAAGCUAAGCGAAGACUCAAUAACAGAAAUUCUUUCCGUUGUUCAAGAGAGCCUGUCAGUUGCGUCGAAUCACUCGGCGGAUCAGGACCUGUCAGAAACUUCCAAAGACGGGUAA